CCCUGCCGGGGACCCCGCGGCCGGGCCGGGUCGGACAGCCGGGCGCGCGGGGUGGCUCUCCAGGGGCGCUGCCCGCACGCGCCGGCGGACCCGGGAGGGCGCCCGGCUCCGACCCACCUGCUCGGCCUUAGCGGAGGGGUCCCGCGGCCCGACCCGCGGCCCGACGCCCGAGCUUGCGAGGCGGGCCUCCCAGACCCUCGGAGCGCCCGGAACGGACUCGCCUCUGAUUGCUCGGCUUGCUCUUAGGAGCGCGGGCCCUGGCGCUCGGACCUGGGCCGGCUUGAGGAGGGGACUCCCGGGCCGCCGAUCCCGCCCGGGCCUCGAGGGCAGGGGUCUCCGCGGGGCCUAGGGCGCCGGCCGCUGACCCAGGGAGGUCUGGUCGCGGAUGGCUGACAGAGCAGCGCACAGAGGGCAGGGCCCGGGGCGAUCUGUGAAAUGGGCGCACAGAGGCUGGGGGGAAGGCGGGGGGCUUCGGGGAGGCUGCAGGGAGCCGUCGAGGCGCCGCGAGCCGGCAGACGGCGCGGCCUGGGCGGGAGUCCCGCCGGGGUCCCGCGGGCCCCGCCCCCAGGCCCCGCCCAGGGGCGGGGCUAGCCCGGGGCCCGCCCCCGGAGGGCACUUCCGGCGCGGCGGAAUUCCGGGUGCGGGCGCUCGCGGUCGCUGCGCGUCGUCCUGGAGGAGGCCCCAUGAGCGCGGCGCCCCUGGUGGGCUACAGCAGCAGCGGCUCGGAGGAUGAGGCCGGGGCCGGGGCCGGGGCCGGGGCCGGGGCCGGGGCCCAGGCGCAGCCCGGUGCUGGCGGCUGCGGGCGUGCCCAGAGCCCACUUCCCAGCCAGAGGUUGCCAGUCCCGGACAGCGUGCUGCACAUGUUCCUGGACACAGAGGAGGAGCCUGUGGAUGACCCUGAAAAGCAUGGAGGCCGGGUCCGCACCUUCCCCCAUGAGCGGGGCAACUGGGCCACCCACGUCUAUGUGCCGUAUGAAACCAGGGAGGAGUUCCUGGACCUGCUUGAUGUGUUGCUGCCCCACGCACAGACAUACGUACCCCGGCUGGUCCAGAUGGAAGCAUUCCACCUCAGCUUGUCCCAGAGUGUGGUUCUGCGGCAUCACUGGAUCCUCCCCUUUGUGCAGGCUCUGAAAGACCGCAUGGCCUCCUUCCAGCGAUUCUUCUUUACUGCCAACCGGGUAAAGAUUUAUACCAAUCAAGAGAAAACCAGGCCCCUUCAUUCCACAUCAGUCUGGCCUGGUGUGUGGAUGAUGCGCGUCUCCAGCUCGAAGGGCAGUGCCUGCAGGAACUACAGCCAAACAGUGUGUCCAGACAGGAUAGAGCCCCGGGGCCAUCAGCAAGCAGCUGCUUCUGCUCUUGGCCUAAUCAUGCGGUGGGAGCCCUGGUUUGGGGCUCCCGUGGACCUGGUCACCAUUCCAGUUUUAUUGGGUCUGAGCGUCCAUUUCCGCCUCUGCAAAGUUGGGAUGAUAGGACCAACCUCACAAGAUUGCAGAGCUGAUGAUACAAGAGAUGCCCAAGCAAGAGCCUGGGGUGUGCCAAGCCCUCGGUCUCCCUCCACAAGUGCCGAACCCCUGAAGGAUUUUAGUAGGCUGGUCUUGUUUGCAGGGCCCUCUGGGUCCCUGAUUCGCCUUAAUAUGACUCUCCUUUCUUGGUUCCCGGUGGAAGAAUAUCGUGGAUGAGUUUGAAGACUCCGAGAUGGUGCUGCGCGCCCAUGCUGAGCAGGUCCGCUGCAAGUCUGGAAACAAGUUCUUCUCGAUGCCUUUGAUGUGAGCAGCAAAGACCCUCGUCCCAAGCCAGGCAGAGAUGGAGGAGCUGGCUCUAGUCCCUGGGGAGGCGCCUAGCCUCCCAUUGGAGGCCUGGUCUGGAGCACAGCCCCGACUGAGGUCCCUGGGGGCCGGUUCUCACCAGGCGGUGGUUUGGGGCUGCAGGUCCCACCUGGCUGUGUGGUCAUUGUCAGGAAUCACCAGUAGAGGGCAGCCUGGGCUUCCUAGUUCCAGGACUGUGGUCCUGCCUGGCACAGAAUAAAGUGAGGGUCACCCGGUGAGCCCACCCAGACUCAGCCGGAAUCCCCACGGUAGCCCUCCAACAAACAGCCCCUCUCUCACACCCUUCCCCCUCCCCCAUCAGCUGUUUGCAUUUGGAUGCCAUUGGCCUCCACGGGGUUCUUAAAACCAUCCUGCCCUGGCUCUUUGCUCACUCACACUGGACACCGUGUGCUUAAUGGGUCUGUCACCCUCCCUUCCUGAAGCGGGUCGCUUUUAUUUAUUUAUUUUUGGUGCCGCGCCCACCUCCAUGGCCAACAGAGGCCAUCUCAGAGCCAAGGUGCAGAGUCCUCAUUUGUGCUUCUGCAUCAGUUUUCCCCACCCCUGCCUCCCACUCGCCCCCAGCCAGGUGCCUGGGGAACUGGGAGCAGAUGUUUCGUUUUGGCCUGGCUGGUGGCUCUAAGCCAGGCCACCAACGCUCUGUGACCUCCAGCUUCUCACUUCUCAUCGGCUUUCCCAACGAGGCAGAGAGGCACCUUCCCCCAGUUCUCUUUCCACUGCCUCCUGCCGUGGGCUGCAGGCAUUCUGAGGGGGGGCUUAAAGGAAGGGGAGCUGCCCAGGGCUUUUAUUUUCCACCAGGCCUUCACCAGAGCCAAAGACCAGUCCUCUUCAGUUGUCAUUUGCAUCUCUGGUGAUCGAGAAAGAUUUUUAUGUGCCAGUUUUCAGUUCAAAUAAAAAUUUGUUUUAAUUUUG